UCAUCAACCUAUAAGGCGGAUAUGAAAUUACUUCACUAGUUCCAUUCGUCGUCAUUGACUUCGUCUUACAGAUACUUUAAUACUAAAAAGACCAUUUUACCUUUGUUAAUUUUAGUUAUUCCCUCUAAUUACCAGCCGGAGCUCGGGUACCCAACCCAGUUGACAGUCCUGAACCGAACAAAUUUGUAAACAAAACAACACUAGCCAUUUGUUUUCUGAACUGAUCUCUCUUCCAAGUUUCAACCAUUCUGUCAAAGCUUCAGCUUAAACCCUAGAUAAUAAAUUUGCAAUCUAUUUAUUAAUCUCUAACAACAUCUAAUCGUCACACUUGCCGAUUUUGUGUCUGCUCGGUUUCCGGUGCAAUGGUGGUCUGCAAAUGCCGAAAGGCCACCAAGUUAUAUUGUUUCGUGCACAAGGUUCCCGUAUGUGGAGAAUGCAUUUGCUUUCCAGAGCACCAAAUUUGUGUAAUUCGUACGUACUCAGAGUGGGUAAUAGAUGGAGAGUAUGAUUGGCCUCAAAAGUGUUGCCAGUGCCAAGCAGUGCUUGAAGAGGGGACCAGCUCUCAAAUCACUCGUUUGGGUUGCUUGCAUGUUAUACAUACAAGUUGUUUGGCUUCGCAUAUCAAAAGCUUUCCUCCUCACACUGCACCGGCUGGAUAUGUGUGUCCAUCAUGUUCUACUGCGAUAUGGCCUCCUAAGAGUGUUAAAGAUUCUGGGUCCCGUCUUCAUUCACUGCUGAAGGAAGCAAUUAUGCAGACUGGGCUGGAAAAGAAUUUGUUUGGAAACCAUCCAGUUUCUUUGACAGUGAUGGAGCCCCGCAGUCCUCCCCCUGCAUUUGCAUCUGAUCCAAUAAUGUCUUCUAAAGCAAACUCGUUACCCUCUGUGGCAAAAGAUGGAACAAACAUAACUGAAGGAUACAUGGCGCCAACUUCUGUGUCAGAAAUUAUGGAGAUAGAGAGUCCUAGCUCAACAGGGAAUUUUAUCAAAAGCUCUGGUUCUCCUGGUCCUGGGGCUACAACACGAAAGAGUACAGCCCAUGUUGAGCGACAGAACUCUGAAAUUUCAUAUUUUGCAGAUGAUGAAGACGGGAAUCGUAAGAAGUAUACACGGAGGGGUCCCCUCCGUCAUAAGUUUCUCAGAGCUUUGCUGCCUUUCUGGUCAAGUGCAUUACCAACUUUACCAGUGACUGCUCCUCCACGUAAAGAUGCAUCAAAUGCAGAUGAUGUCCCAGAAGGUCGAUUGCGGCAUCAAAGACCCUCAAGGACAGAUCCACGGAAAAUCCUUCUCUUAAUAGCAAUUAUGGCAUGCAUGGCUACAAUGGGGAUUCUAUAUUACAGACUUGCGCAACGGGCUCUAGGGAAAGGGCUGCCCAAUGAUGAGCAGCAGUGAUUAUGAUUUAAGGUUGUGGUUGAACAUACAAAUGCCAUGUGCUGGAUAUUAAUGGCGGUGCCUGCUUCCUUCACAUACAAAUGGUAGGAGAGAUUUUUUUUCCUUGUCUUAUUUUUUUAAAUGCAGAUGACACUGAAUGGUAUGUAGCCUUUCCUAGCUCUCUUUCCUCUUUGCCCCUUUGUUAUCUGUUUUGGAGUGGAAGCCUUGAAUCAGGUUUUAAGACAACAUGCUGUGUCGAAAAUGGAUUUGUAUUGUAAGUAUGUCUAGUUAGUUGAUAGACUUCGAAAAAAAGGAAAUGGUGGCUGAAUAUUUGUAAUAAUUUACUGCUAUGUUUCUUAUGAUUUUUUGUUCUUGUAUUUCCUUAUUAAGCCUAAUUUCUAUAAAUUACAAUAUCCUGUG